UAUGAUUCAUACAUGCUUCUAAGCAAUAACCAAAGGACGACACUUUAUCAGCAAGGAAAUAAUAAAGCUGCAAAGACGCGACGUGCUUCUUAUCAUUUAGCAGUAUAUAUAGGCUUCCUGCAUAUCACUCAGUGAACCCACCAUUUCCUGUGAAGAAGGAAGAAAUCAACAACUCAAAAAUGCCUUGCUUUUCCUGUUACAAGCUUGUGGUUACCAUUUUGCUUCCUGUUGCCCUAAUUUAUUCAUCAAAUGCUCAGCUGACUUCAACCUUCUAUUCUAACACAUGCCCAAAUGUAUCUUCCAUCGUGAGCAGUGUGAUUCAGCAGGCUCUGCAAUCUGAUCCCCGUAUAGGAGCAAGCCUCACUCGUCUUCACUUUCAUGAUUGUUUUGUCAAUGGAUGUGAUGGGUCGGUGUUGUUAGACCAGGGCGGUAGCAUAACGCUGAGCGAGAAAAGUGCGGUUCCCAACAACAAUUCAGCUCGGGGCUUUGACGUGGUUGAUAGAAUCAAAGCCUCCAUUGAAAACUCAUGCCCUGGGGUGGUGUCUUGUGCCGAUAUUCUUGCCCUCGCAGCCGAAGCAUCUGUGUCUCUUACAGGUGGUCCUUCGUGGAACGUACUACUUGGGAGGAGAGACGGCCUGGUAGCAAAUCAGAGUGGUGCCAACACCGCAAUUCCCACCCCUUUUGACAGCCUCGCCAAUAUCACGGCAAAGUUUGCGGCAGUGGGCUUAAACACCAACGACGUCGUUGCGUUGUCUGGUGCGCACACGUUUGGUCGAGCGCAGUGUCGAUUUUUCAGCAACAGGCUAUUCAACUUCAGUGGAACGGGAAGGCCUGAUCCGACUCUGAACACCACCUACUUGGCCACGUUGCAGCAGAAUUGUCCUCAGAAUGGCAGCGGAACAACUCUGAACAAUCUCGACCCUUCUUCUCCUAACGCUUUUGAUAACAACUACUUCGCUAAUCUUCUUACCAAUCGGGGCCUUCUUCAAUCCGACCAGGAGCUCUUCUCCACAAACGGUUCUUCCACUAUCUCCAUCGUUAACAACUUUGCGGGCAACCAGACUGCUUUCUUCGUCGCCUUUGCUCAGUCCAUGAUCAAUAUGGGUAACAUUAGCCCCUUAACGGGAACUCAGGGAGAAAUCAGAUCCGAUUGCAAGAAAGUCAACGGAAGUUGACGCAUCAACUUCCAAUUAUUUGGGUACUCAUUCAUGCCUUCUUCCUGCACUGUUAUUUACGUACGGUUGUAUUUGAUGACGUUUAUAUCUGCCUUCUACGUCGUAUUUUGGGACUUGCUUCCUAAGUUAUUAUGCAGAGUUCUUGAAUGUAUGAAUUCCUGAAUAAGAUUUUGUUCUGAUAACUGGAAGAUGCAGAUCCUUCUGGCUUGUCUUGUCUGCCAAAAAUGGUUGUCUGACAGAUUUCCUGAUUCCAUCUGAAUCUGAUGCUUAUCUUCUACAUAACGUGAAGCCAGGUUGUAUGCUUGCGCAGUAUCAGUCAACCUUGCAUCCGCAAUUUUAAUCCCUCAAUUUGUUUUUGUCUCAAUUUUAAUUUUUAACCAUUGGAAAGAUGGAAUGGGGACGAAUUGUGAUGGUUGUACGAAUUGAGAGGAUCAUUUUUUACUUAUUUAUAUUUAUCUCAACGAAGAUUUCAAAUUAUGUAAUUGAGGUCCGAAAAGAAAUGCAAAUAAUCCUCCCAGUUUUUAUUAACAUAAA